AUGUCUUUUGAACGCUCCUCGGAUCUGGAGGCCCAGCAUUGGGGGGAUGAACCUUAUCGCGAUCACCCAUCUUUCGAUACACUAGCUACAGAGCUCGACGGCAUAUUGAACUCUGUGAUGGGCAAUGUAAAAAAGCUUGAGGAGUUCACGAAGAAGCUGGGAACGAAAGAAGAAACACCUAGGACGCGUGGCACCAUAGGCAAAUAUCUGAAGGAGACAACGGCUGCAGUUAGGAAAGCCCAGGAUAAGGCGGAUAAAGUGUCGAACUGGCAGGAGAAGCUCUCAACCAAGCAACAAACGGAGCAGAAGUCACUUAUUUCCAAGUGGAAGUCGAUUGAUGGACACGUCCAAACCACUGUUCAGUCCAUAAAUCGAGAGCAACAAGCUACACAGGCCACUCGUGCUGCACUAGAAGAUGAGUCGAGCUCGGCCUCCGGAUUUGGUGCACAGUCAGGCUCUCAACAACAACUGCUAGAACAGGAGCAAGAACGAGCACGGAUGGCGCCCCAGCACGAGGUGGACUUUAACGAGACCUUGAUAAAUGAUCGUCAAAAUGAAAUUGACAACAUCGCGGACGGGGUCCAGGAGCUAAACGACCUUUUCAAAAACCUCGGACACGUUGUACAUGAGCAAGGCGAGCAGCUCAACUUCAUCGAAGAGAAUGUGGAGACGACAAGAGAGGCCACCCAGGGAGGAUAUCAGAACCUAAGGCAAGCUGACCGGUAUCAAAGGAGUGCCCGCGGGAAAGGUUGUUGGCUGCUUAUAAUCAUGGCAGUGGUGCUCACUAUCAUUAUACUGGCGGUGGUCAUCGAUUGA